GAUAAAGUUGUUUUGGAGGAUGCCCCAGCUGUGUGAAGGUCCAUUUCGUUUUGCAUCUGAAGAGAAGCAAGCGAGACUCCCCUACAGGGAGUAAUGGUUGAGCGGGGCAAGGUUGGAAAACCCAGAGCUGGACAAAGGCGGGAACGCACGCCGCCGCGCCCGGGCUAGGGGUGCUGAGGGCCCGCGCAGCUCGCGGGCCUCCAGGUUUGAGGCCCUGGGGUCAGCCCUGCUCCGGGCUUCGCGCCCGGGCGCGGGUCCGAGCCGCCAACUUCGGGCCAAUCAGCGAGCGGCGUCCCGGCGCCCGCAGCGCCCAGCGCCCCCGCAGCAGGAAUGGCAGGAACGGAUCCGGGCCGAGCCCGACCCGGGACGAGGAGGGGCUGAGCCGCGGGGGAUCCUGGAAUCGGCAGGGAGGUGGGGAUUCUGGGAGGAAAACUCCAUUUCCUCCUUCCCUGCCGGUUUCUCCCCUCUACCCUGGCACCCCAAAUUUCGAUGUGUCGCCUGCCGGGCGCUAAGCGCCGGUGUUGAGAGGCAGCGGCCGCCGCGCCCGGGAAAAUGCUGGGCAUGUACGUGCCGGACAGGUUCUCCCUGAAGUCCUCCCGGGUUCAGGACGGGAUGGGGCUCUACACGGCCCGCAGAGUGCGAAAGGGUGAAAAGUUCGGACCCUUUGCUGGAGAGAAGAGAAUGCCUGAAGACUUGGAUGAAAAUAUGGAUUACAGGUUGAUGUGGGAGGUUCGUGGGAGUAAGGGAGAAGUUUUGUACAUUUUGGAUGCUACCAACCCACGGCACUCCAACUGGCUUCGCUUCGUUCAUGAGGCACCAUCUCAGGAGCAGAAGAACUUGGCUGCCAUUCAAGAAGGAGAAAACAUUUUCUAUUUGGCAGUUGAAGAUAUAGAAACAGACACGGAGCUUCUGAUCGGCUACCUGGAUAGUGACAUGGAGGCUGAGGAGGAAGAACAGCAAAUUAUGACAGUCAUCAAAGAAGGGGAAGUUGAAAAUUCUAGAAGACAAUCAACAGCGGGCAGAAAAGAUCGCCUUGGCUGUAAAGAGGACUAUGCUUGUCCUCAAUGUGAAUCGAGUUUUACCAGUGAGGAUAUUCUUGCUGAGCAUCUUCAGACAUUGCACCAGAAACCCACAGAGGAGAAAGAAUUUAAGUGCAAGAACUGUGGGAAGAAAUUCCCAGUUAAGCAGGCUUUGCAAAGACAUUUUGAGCAGCACCAGGAGACUUGCCGGGGGCAUGCCAGGUUUGUGUGCAAGGCUGACAGCUGUGGAAAGAGGCUGAAGAGCAAGGAUGCCCUGAAAAGACACCAGGAAAAUGUCCACACUGGAGAUCCUAAGAAAAAGCUUAUAUGUUCAGUGUGCAAUAAAAAGUGUUCUUCAGCAUCAAGCCUACAGGAACAUAGAAAGAUUCAUGAGAUAUUUGAUUGUCAAGAAUGUAUGAAGAAAUUUAUUUCAGCUAAUCAGCUAAAACGUCAUAUGAUCACCCACUCAGAAAAACGACCCUAUAAUUGCGAGAUUUGUAAUAAGUCUUUCAAGAGGCUUGAUCAAGUGGGUGCUCACAAAGUAAUACACAGCGAAGACAAACCUUACAAAUGCAAACUUUGUGGAAAGGGAUUUGCCCACAGAAAUGUUUACAAGAAUCAUAAGAAGACCCACUCUGAGGAGAGACCGUUCCAAUGUGAAGAAUGUAAAGCUUUGUUCCGGACCCCAUUUUCUUUGCAGAGACACCUGCUAAUACAUAACAGUGAGAGGACUUUCAAGUGCCAUCACUGCGAUGCUACCUUUAAGAGGAAGGAUACAUUAAAUGUUCAUGUCCAGGUGGUUCAUGAAAGACACAAGAAGUAUAGGUGUGAGCUAUGUAAUAAGGCCUUUGUUACACCUUCAGUGCUUAGAAGUCAUAAGAAAACACAUACAGGAGAAAAGGAGAAAAUCUGUCCAUAUUGUGGCCAGAAAUUUGCCAGCAGUGGUACACUCAGAGUUCAUAUCCGGAGCCACACAGGUGAGCGUCCCUAUCAAUGUCCUUACUGUGAAAAAGGAUUCAGUAAAAAUGAUGGACUGAAGAUGCACAUUCGUACUCACACCAGGGAGAAGCCGUACAAGUGCUCAGAGUGCAGCAAGGCCUUCAGCCAGAAGCGAGGCCUGGAUGAGCACAAGAGGACGCACACUGGAGAAAAGCCUUUUCAGUGUGAUGUUUGCGACUUGGCUUUUAGCCUGAAGAAAAUGCUGAUUCGACACAAGAUGACUCAUAAUCCCAAUCGUCCCCUGGCAGAAUGCCAGUUUUGCCAUAAGAAGUUUACAAGGAAUGACUACCUCAAAGUGCACAUGGACAAUAUCCAUGGUGUAGCUGACAGCUAAUGGGGGCUGUAAAGGAAUUAAACUAUUCAGAAGGGCUCCUAAUAUGAAUCCCAGAUUUUUCUCACCUGAUCAGCAUAACAGAAGUAGCUAAAAGUGACUUACUGGUCUCAUAGUUCUUAUUUGCCUACAUUUAGAGUCUGUAGAUGCAUAUGCAACCAAAAAAAGUCUUACUUUUAACAAGAAAUGGUAUAAAUGGAAAAAAAAAUACAACUCCAUAGCCUUGCAAAAUGCAAUUUGUGCUCUGUCUUAUAAAAAUGGAGAAAGGAGUCAUGGCUCUCUUUCUUGGCCAUCCCUCUGUAAUGAAGUUUAUAAUAUACUUCCCUAAUAGGCCUUUUUAUUUUAUUGUUAUUCUUUGUGUGUCUGUCUGUCUGUAUGUGUCUGUGUGUGCACACUCACUUGCAAAUGCCAGUUGUUGCAGCUGGUUUUACCAAUUUAAAUAGAAAUAAAUCAAGAUAUCCAACUAUUUAUUUGCAGAUUAGGGUAAGAAUAAGUUAUCAAAGUCUCAAGUUUGAUAGGAAAAUAAAUACUUGCUAUUUUAUAAGACAGACCAAGAGCUGAGCUUAUCUAAUAGCUGUGUGCAACAAAUGAGUUUAAAAUAGAUAUUUGAUAACUAAAACAUCUAUUAAAAUAUUGCUCAUUUUAGGGAAUUCUUAGGAAACAUUAUUCUCAUCAUUCAGAUGUAGACAUUCAUGGUCUGGAAUACUUUUAUAAAUUCUACACAAAAAUGACCAUCACAUUUAAAUAUUCAUCAGGCUACCCCUCUUGAAUUUAGACCAUUUAGCUUUAGAAAUUAACAGUAUACCAAUAUAUAUAAUUAAAAAUAGAAACCAAAUAGAUUCUCUGUAUUUGGUGACAGAGUGGCAGAACAAUAGUGGCAUUUCCACAUUUGUUAUGAUGAACGUAGCCCUUUCCCCUCUCCUUCCAUAAAAGUGCACAGAACAUGUUAGUAAAGAUACAGUCCUCAGAGCAUUAACAUUCCAUUUUGUAAAAGACAUUUUCCAGAAUCUUGGCAGUAGGUAAUUCUGAAACACUUUUGAAUUACCUUCAAUCAUCCCAUAUAAUUAGGAAUCCAGAAUACAAAGUAUAAACCUGGCAAUUGUUAUGAUUGAAAUUGUCACUGAUGCUUAAGGGAAAUUGAAGCAAGAAGCAUAAUUUCUUCCUUUAGGUUAUAUUUCAGCAAUACUUGACAGCAACAUACAAUGAACAGCUUGUUUGGAGAGAUGAUAUGAUACAAUGUAAUGGUGAUGUCAAAAUAACCUAGAGGAAUAUCCAAAAACCAGAAAAACAUUAAAAUGAAGCCCAACUCAUGAACCUCUCUAACUGAAGCCCAGUCAAAAGAAAGGAAGUAUAGUUUUGAGGAAAUUAUUUGGUUCUAGUGAGUUAAGGAGAAAUGUUAUCUGAGACACAGCUCUUUGACUUCAGGAAUCUCAUUUUAGAAUUAUAUUCAUGCCCAAUUCCAGUUUUAAAAAGAAACAUAAAGAUUCAAUGUAGACAUUUGAAUGUUGUAAAAUACUAAAUUUGAAACUCAGAAGAGAUAACUUUUAAAAAUAUAAAUCCUAAAAUUAUAAUUUAGAAGAUAUUUAAGUAUAGUUAUAUGUAGUAUUUUGAAUCUGAAAUUAUAGACUGUAUUUUAUAAAAAUAAAUUUUGGUCUUGUUUCUCACUAUAUCAUUUGUUUCAACAAUAUAUUUUUAGAUCUAAAGUGUUUUCAUUUUAAUAUGAUAGUGUGUUUAAUAUCAUUUGAAUAUAAGAAGACAGCUGUAAAAUUUGGUAGUGUGUAUUAUUUAAACACAUCCUGUAUAUUCCUUUGAAUGCUGCUUUCUCUAUAUGGGAUGCUUUAUAUCCCGAUUAUGUGAUGAAUGUAAAACUUGAAAGGAGUCCAAAUACCAAUUUUGUGUAAUCUCAGUGAGUCACAGUUCACAUGGCUGCUGGGGAAAUUACCCUGAAAACUGUGGUGUCGCUAUGCUGUGGAGUAAACAGACAGGGAAGAGGUGGUGGGCUUUAUCCUGCUGAAGGUUUAUAGACAUGGAAAUCUUUAGAAAAUUGUGUAAAAGGACCUACACCAGAGAGUGGUACACCACUCUCUCCUUUCAGAGGACUGAAACCAAAACAAGUCCUUAGUAGACUAUUUGUAUGCUGUAAAUUUUUAUCCAAAAGACAAGUAUUCAUGGAUAGUUUCAGAUAUAUUAGCAUUUGCUUACUAAAACUUUUAAAUUACUUAGUAAUAACCAAAAAAAGAGACUAUUUUAGGCAUGAUUGAUCAAUUGAAAGCAUAGAUAAUCAUAGAGGAAAAGUCUUACAGACAAGCUGAAGUACAGGUACCUACUUUGAAAUGUCUUUUGUUUCCUGCUGUGAAAGAUUUUGGCUGGGGUAUUUUCUUGGGAAAAGACCAGACUCUUGGGUGCCCAUAAAAUCUAAGUAAUUGAGACUUAGAAAUUGGCUAAGUAAAUUUAAGAGACGUUCAAUAAUGUAGGUGGGUUCAGAUACCCUUUUAUAAUAACUGUCUUCUUAGUAUAUUAACACUCAAGAUGUUUGUGUAUCUUUAAUUUGCCUUUGUUUCACAAUAACUGGCUUUUGUUUUCCUUUUCAUGGUGUGUUGUUGGCUAUAUAGAGGCAUUUAUUGGUAAAUUAUAAUCAGCAGUUGCACCGUGGAAGUAUUCUUAGUGAUAAAUUCUUGGGGUUACAUAGUAUAGUUAACAUGUUAUUUUCAAGAAACAUGAGUGUGUGUGUCUGUCUGAAGAGUAUCACUUAUAUGCAGUGCAUAUACAUGUAAGUGCAUUACUUUGCUCAAAUAUCUUCUGACCUAUUGCAGUCAACUCAUGCAUGAGUGUGAACAUGUAUUACAGAAGGUCUUACAGCCUUAGUUUCUGUUUUAGAUUUUAUGUGCUGCUUCCUUUCUCAAACAAAAGCCUGAAAGGAAAGAGGAUAAGUACUAGAAAUAUUCAUUUUUUUUCCUUCACAAAUCUAAAUGUUGCUUAUGAAAACUCAUCUUAGAGUAAUGAAUAUAUGGAAAUGGGUAGGUAGAAGGAAAUGUGCCUCUUUAAAACCCUAAAAUUUUACCAUUGAUAUUGACAUUUGUUUGCGUGUAUAUAAAUGGAGCAUGUGUAAAUAUAGAAUUCCAAUAGCAUUUUUUAUUUUAUUAUAAAUCUAUAAUAAAUCUAUAUAAAUCACUGCCA